AUGAAGCUUCUCUAUGAUCAGUUGGCCAAAGGUGAUGAAACAGUGGACUGGAGUCACAUUAUCCAGCACAAUGCCGCGCGGCCUAGAGCUGUUGUUUGUCUGUGGCUUGUGUACCAUUGCAGGUUGGCGACUAAAAGUAGGCUUAAGAGGUUAGGAAUGCUGCAGGAAGAUGUGUGUGGCCUGUGCAACGAGCAUGUGGAAGAUAUUGACCACCUGUUGAUAAAUUGUGGUGUUACUAAGCAUGUGUGGCCGGCGAUUUUGGAAUGGCUUGAGGUAAAGCAUAAACCGGGUCUGUGGCAAGUGGAGAAAAAGUGGGUUGUGCAUAAUACCAAAGGAAAAGGAUUCCACUCUUACAUGCUGAAAAUUGCCAUAGCCGAAACUGUGUAUGGUUUAUGGACGUAUCGUAACAAGUGUGUUUUUGAUACAGGUGCUAAAGAAGAUGCAACACAAAUUGUCCCCAGGAUCAUAGACUCUAUUGUAUAUAGAGGUUGGUUAAAAGUCAAGUAUAGGAAGAAGAUUGGUUUGCUUAUGAUGUAA